UUCUUGAUAAAUAAAGUGACCAUUCGAAUUGAUGAUCUUAAUAUGAAUCGAUGAUGAUGAUGAUGAUGAUGUCUAUUAACCAAUUCUUAUCGUUAAAGAUGAUGAAUAGUCUUCUUAACCAAUCCAUAAUCUUAAUUCUAUCAAUUUAUUUAAUCAUUGAAAUUAAAUCCAAAUAUAAAGAAUAUCAAAAUCAAAAGAAAGCCAAAUCAUUGAAUAGUAAACUAGCACCUUUAGUUACAUCUUCUUUACCAUUCGGUUUAUCUUUCUUAAAACAUAGACUUCAUUCAAUCAAAAAUGGUAAUCCAUCAGAUUCAUUAGACCAUCAUCACUCCUUUACCAAAACCCAACCCAUCAAAGUGAUUAGAUUUAAACUAUUUUCAUCACUUGAAUUCAUUCAAACUUAUUCUCAUUUAGAUGUUAAAUAUAUUUUAUCUAACAAUUUUCAAAAUUGGGGUAAAUCGAAUCAUUUUAUGGAAGCUUUUAAUCCUUUGUUAGGUGAAGGUGUCUUUUCCUCUGAUCAAAGAUCUCUUUGGUCUUGGCAUAGAUCAUUAAGUAAACCUCAUUUUUCGAAACAAAGGGUUUCGGAUGUUAAUGCUUGUGAAGAACAUGUUGCUAGAUUGAUUACGUGGAUCGAACUUCAGAAUAUGUCUGAUCAUCCUGUUGAUGUUCAAGAUCUCUUUUCUCGUCUAACUCUCACUAUUGGUUCUCAACAUCUCUUUGGUCAUUGUUUAGACAUGCUCAAUGAUCUCUUACUCGAUAGACCUAUUCAUGAAGGUACAAUCGAUGCCGCAGCUUUUUCCAAAGAUUUUGCUGAUGCUCAAACCCAUUGUUUAAAACAUGUCUUUAUGCCUUCAUUCAUAAGAAGAUUGAUUCAAAGAUUCACCCCACCUAAUCAAUCUAUCCAAAGAGUCUUAAAGGCCGUUGAUAUCCUCAUCGAGAAUUCAGCCAAAGCAAAUCCCAAUGGCAAAGACAUCCAAGAACCCGAAAACUUAUUAGAUCAUUUACGACAAUCCGAUUGUUCUCAUGACCUUUUACGUCAUGAGCUUUUAAACUUAUUACUUGCAGCAAGAGAUACGACUUCUUCUUUAUUGACGAGUUGUCUUUAUGAAUUAUCGGCUCAUCCUUCUCUUUGGAAUCAACUUCGAAUCGAAUCUAGUCAACUUUCUCAAUCUCAUUUGAUUUCUAUCGAUCAACUUCGUGAAUUGAAAUUACUUAGAGCUGUCAUUAAUGAAACUCUUAGACUUCACCCUCCGGUUUGGGCUAAUACACGUCAUGCAUUUGAAGAUGAUGUCUUACCAUCUGGUAUUUUCGUUCCAGCUGGUACCGAUUGUCGAUAUCUUAUCCGAGAAUUCCAACGAGAUCCAGAAGUAUGGGGAAAAGAUGCAGAAGAAUUCGUACCGGAGCGUUGGUUAGAUGGUAGACAAGUUUUACAAAGUAAAGAUCCUUUUAGUUUUCAACCUUUUAGUGCAGGACCAAGAAUUUGUCUUGGUCAACAAUUUGCUUAUACAGAAGUUUCGAUUACCUUGAUUAGAUUGAUUAAUAAGUUCUCUAGAGUUGAAUUGGUAGGUAAAUCAAGUAAUCGAGCGGAUUUUCAAGAAAUGCCUUUGGUGACUUUAAGUGUUAGAGGAGGAUUAUGGGUUAAGUUUCAUCCAUGAAAAUCACCUGAUGAAUCUUUAAACGAGACAAAGGUUUUUAAUUCUUCAAGCACUUUUUCUUUUUUUGAUUUUCUUUGUAUAAUAAAUGGAUCUUGAUCACGCAGUCUCACUCAUGAGAAGUUUGUUUGUUUAGUUCAUGAAUCGGUUGGAAAAGAUUAUGAUGAUGAGUUUUGUUUUUGACUGUAUGAUUGUGGUAUGAUUUGAGAUUGUUGUGUUUGUAUACUUGUAUUCAUGAAAUGAUUUAUUUUGAAUGGGAAAGU